AUGAUUCAAUCGCCACAUCUUUCUCCACACCUAUCACCACACUUGUCACCACGAUUGUCCCCUGAGCUUCACCGAUAUCGACGAGGUGGAGCGUCCAGUGAUGAGGAGUGCCGUGGCAUGAGGCCGCGAGGGAGAGAGACGGCAAUAUUGUCUGAUGCUGAUGUAGAUUCGGAUGGAGACACAGGGUUGGAUGGAGGGGAUGAGGAUGAGCCUGAUGAAACAGCAUCGCCUGGCGCAACUCCACCCCGUGUCCGUCGCCGUAACCAUGCGCCGCCAGCGCCACCUGUCCGAGAAAAGGAUCCACUCCUCGAAGCGGAUCGGGAAGCCGAACGAAAGUACAGGGAACUUAUCAGGGAAGCAGAGAAACUACUAGUCACUGUCUCUAGGGCUCCUCUCGAGCCACCGCACAAUCCUCGCAUUAGGGAGCUCAGAGCUACAGAGGUGGAAGCUCCCCGUCGCAGCCCUGAACGAACACAUAUCACGAAUUUCAUGCGUGCCAAUUCACCGGAGCCGCGGCGGCUGUCCCCUGUGGGACGGCGGUCGCCGCUAGCUGGUGCACCUCCACCGCCCCCUGUGGUGCCGCGCCCUGCCCCACAUACGCCCGCCCCUGCCGACCGCCCCCACUCGGAGCCACCUAAGCGAAAAGCCUACGCCAGAGACGAGGUGUUACAGACGUUAGAGGGAUUACGGAAGAGCUUGCAGCAGCAGUCUGCAUUGCUGGCGGUGCAGCGUACACGGCUCGACUCGCUGUAG